AUGGAUUUUGCAACCACGAUGCACGAUGAGACGAAAAACAGUGCCGUGGUGCCGUGGCAACCGCAAGGAGAUCCAGCUAUGCCAAAGGGUCGAGGAUCCAGCGAUGGAUUCAGCACCAGUGGGGAGGCCAUUAGCGAGAAGAGCAGCUACAUCGUUUGCGAAGAGGGUGCAGAGGAGAGGGAAAGAGGCGAGGGACCAUCGGCCUUUCAUUGCUGCCCGUGCGAUCUGUUGGUGGUCGGGUUCAGGACCAAGGCGGGUCUGAUCUCCGGCCUGUCGCCAAAAAAGUUCAACCCGAGCACCAGUGCAGCGGAAAUAACUGGGUGGACCUCGUGGGAUUGGGGUGUGGCCAGUGGAUUAGCGUAUAUGCAUGGAUUACCGACGCCGAUCAUUCACAGAGACAUCAAGGCGAGCAAUGUGCUACUGGAUGCCGAUUUCGAGGCGCACAUAGCUGAUUUUGGGCUGGCGAGGACAAUCGAGGCCUCGCAAUCCCAUGUGUCCACGCAAUUCGCUGGGACCAUGGGGUAUAUGCCGCCGGAGUAUAAGGAAGGGUUCACGGCCGCGACGGUGAAGGCCGAUGUGUACAGCUUCGGGAUUCUGAUGUUCGAGAUCGCGACGGGUCAGAGGCCCAAUUUGCCGGUGAUGGAUAAGGGAGAGCAGGUCGGGCUAGUUGUUUGGGCUCGGAACAUGGUGGAUGGGAACCGGCAGAUGGAGAUGGUCGACCCGGCCGUUCCCAGGGACGGUCUGGUCAAAGCGAGUGUGAAGGAGUUCUUCAACAUUGCGUGUAUGUGCACUAGCGAGCACGCCAGGAAAAGGCCAGAAAUGAGCCGAGUUCUCGAGUUAUUGGAGUCUGCAUUCAGAUGA